AUGGUGAGUCCAUGUAAAUCUCUAUGUCCAAAAAAAUCAAGAAAAGAAAGCAAGAACCCUUAUUCAAAUCGUGGACUUGACAAAUUCUCCGAGCUUCUCUCAACACUCGAUGAGAAGAGACAAAGCAUCUACUCGAAGAAGCUCGAUUCCGGUGGCCCGCCUCUCGUCCGAUUCGUGUUCACAAGCUCCGGCGAAUGUAUCCCCGUCGUGAUCAAAUCAUCUUACCUUCACAAAAAGAAGAAGACCAAAGAUGUUGCUAAAGUCAAGAAAGUGGUCAAAGAAACGAAAACAGAGGAAACGAAGAAAGCAGAGCCCGAAACAGAGCAGAAACAGAGCUGUGCUUUGAACGAGAAUCUCAAGAAGAUCACGAGACCGAAUCAUUUCUUGCCCGUGACUGUGAUAUUGGUUCUUGUUUUCUUGGCCUUCUUUGGGAGAUCUGUUGCGAUUAUGUGCACUUGUAUCGCUUGGUACUUGGUUCCAACGAUUAGCGAUCAGAGCGGAAACGGAGGAACUUCGUCAUAUUACACGAUGAAGAAGAGAGAUUUCGCUAGGAAAUUGAGUAUUGAAGACAGAGCAUCGUUUAAUCCAAGAACUGUUCGUGAUCAUUCUCCUCUCAAGUAG